GCGGGAGCUGCACAGGGAGCUGAGGAGCAGAGGUCACAGUCCCUGGAGGCAGAGGCACUUGCACAGAGACCUGUGGCCCAGGAACUGCUGUCCUCCCACGAUGCGGUGCUUGGCUCUGGUCCUGGUCUCCUUGGUCGCUUGCACUGCUUGGGGGCACACACCUUCGCCCCCUGUGGUGGACACUGUGCAGGGCCAGGUCCUGGGAGAGUAUGUCAGCCUAGAAGGCUUUGCACAGCCUGUGGCCGUUUUCCUGGGAGUCCCCUUUGCCAAGCCGCCGCUCGGACCCCUGAGGUUUGCUCCUCCGCAGCCUGCAGAGCCAUGGACCUUCGUGAAGAACACCAGCUCCUACCCUCCUAUGUGCUCCCAAGAUGCCGUGUCAGCCCAGGUGCUCUCAGAGCUCUUUACCAACAGAAAGGAGAACAUUCCUCUCACGUUCUCUGAAGACUGCCUUUACCUAAACAUCUACACUCCCGCUGACUUGAAGAGGAAGAGCAGGCUGCCGGUGAUGGUGUGGAUCCACGGAGGAGGUCUGGUGGUGGGCGGGGCAUCAGCCUAUAACGGGCUGGCCCUCUCUGCCCAUGAAAACGUGGUGGUGGUGAUCAUUCAGUACCGCCUGGGCAUCUGGGGAUUCUUCAGGGUCAGCCUGGGGAACAGGCCAGGCGGGGCCCUGUUAUGUCCACUGAGCCCAGGGGAAUGGGCCCGGGUGGAGCUAGGGAAGCUCUUGAAGACGCUUCCCCGUGAGCCUCAACUCUGUUCGUCUCUGCUCCCCUCCCAGGUGUUAUCUCCCCUGGCCAAGAAUCUCUUCCACCGGGCCAUCUCCCAGAGUGGUGUGGCCCUCACCUCUGGCAUGGUCAAGAAAGACGUCAAGGCCACAGCUCAGCGAAUCGCUACCUUUGCCGGCUGUAAAACCACCACCUCGGCGGUCAUGGUGCACUGCCUGCGCCAGAAGUCGGAGGAGGAGCUCCUGGAAACGUCGCUGAAGAUGAAGGACGUGGGUGUGAGCGGGGAGGGCAGCAUGGACACUGUUAUGUCCUCUUCCCAGAGCCAGCCCUUCCUGUCCUCUGUGGUUGAUGGAGUGCUGCUGCCGAAGAUGCCGGAGGAGCUUCUGGCUGAAAAGCAGCUCAACACUGUUCCGUACAUCGUCGGAAUCAACCAGCAAGAGUUUGGAUGGAUUCUUCCAAUGACGAUGGGUUUCCCGAUCUCUGAAGGCAAGCUGGACGAGAAGAUGGCCUCGUCACUCUUGUGGAGGUCCAACACUCAAAGACUUUUCCUCUUCUUCCCUCCAGAUGGUGCCUCUGAAGAGGAGAUCAAACUCAGCAAGAUGAUGAUGAAAUUCUGGGCCAACUUUGCUCGGAAUGGGAACCCCAACGGGGAGGGGCUGCCCCAUUGGCCUGUGUAUGACCAGGAGGAAGGCUACCUGCAGAUUGGCGUCCCCACCCAGGCAGCCCAGAAGCUGAAAGAUGAGGAAGUGGCAUUCUUCACCGAGCUCCUUGCCCAGGACACAGCCAGGACGUCACCCCAAACAGACCAUAUUGAGCUGUGAAGGGGAGGCCCAUCCAGCCUCUAGGAUAUGGGGGAGCUUAGGGGUAAUUCUACAGAAGGUGUUUAUGGCGAAAAAGGUACCUUAGUGUCUGGUGGGAGUGGGCAGAAACCACAAAGGGGGAGCUUGUACACCUUAGCCUUAAUUUUGGAAAUAAUGUUCUUUCGGUGACCAA